ACAGAUGAAACAAACUACUAAGAUGACAACACGUCGGGAUGUGAUAAUGGCUAGAAUGAAGCAACUACAGGAAGAACUUAAAUUAGCUAAUGAGUUCAACAAAAAGCUCCUUCAGGAACAGGAGGAGAGUGAGCAGGAGAUUGAGCGUGUUGUGAGAACAAACACAAGCCUCAAAAAUCAGCUAGCCAAUCAAGAUGUCGAGUAUGAAGACCUGCAAGGACAACGAGAUGAACUCCAGGCAGUCGUAGAAAGGUUCCAGCAUUGCCAAGAGAUACAUGAGCAGGCAUUACAACGCAUCCGGGACCUCGAGCAACAACUGCAGGAGUCGGAUUCAAAACGGUAUUGCAAGUAUUGCUCCGGGAACUCCGCUCCGGCUGAAAACAAUUUAAAUCCAUCGAGCGGGUACCCGGUGUGCAUGGACUCGCCUGCGCCUGCUCGGCGGCGCCCCGCCGCGCCGCACUCGCCGGCGCUCCGUGCCGCGCUGGCGGCGCCGGGGUCGCCCGCGCUGCGUGCCUUGUUCGCGCCGCGCCCGAGCCCCGCGCCCGCGCCCGCGCCCGCGCCCUCUCCGCGCCGCGAGCCCGAGCCCGCCGCCCGCCGCCCUGUCCCGCCGAGCCCCGCCGUCGCCGCGCCGGCUCCGUCGCCGCCGAGCCUCCUGCGGCUGGCUCUCGAGCGGCUGACCGUCGAGCCUGAGCCGCGGUCGCCGGCCCCGACACCGUCGAGCCUCCUGCGGCUGGCUUUGGAGCGGCUGACCGUCGAGCCUGAGCCUCGGCCGCCGGCCCCGUCGCCGGCGCGCGCGUCGAGCGCGGCGCCCGCCCCGGCGCCCGGCGCUCCGCGCGCUCGGAGCCGGGACCCUCCGCGGUCGACGGUCAUCUAUUCUGACGCAAUCGGGGCCGGCCUCGGCGUGCUGCUGGGUGAAUGUCUCCGGCAAAGUGUAACAAAUGUGUGUUUGCGUGGUGCCUCCGUCGAAUCGGUCGUGCGCCGCCUGGCGAGGGACAAGUUUGACAGUGGCACCACUCUGAUUAUACACCUCGGCGAUAGUGUGGGUGUGAAGAGAUCUCACGUGGGAUCCCUCAUACGCACGCUGUCCGACAUUGAGCGACAUGGAAUUUAUAAAAUUAUUUUAUGCUCUUUUCCGUAUUCCGACUCUGUUUCCCAUGAGCACAACGUUAGAGUGUCGGAGUUAAAUUCCAUGUUGUACAAUGCGACUUGUUACGAAAGCGCUUACCAUUUUAUUGAUCUGAACAUUAUGUAUAAAAGAAAUAAUUACCGUUUUAGACUAAGAGAUAAUUAUUUGAAUGUACCACGGAAUUGUAAAGUGACGACAGCAAAAUUACUAGCUUACAACGUAGAACCGGGGUUUUUUGACAUUUCGGCCAGUGGCAACGGUGCCGGCCGCGCGGCGAGCGCCGGCGCGUGCGCAGCCUCCCCCGCGGGCCGCCCACAGCAUUUAAACUGACGGCUGAGACAGCGGAGAGGCCCCGUGAGCUUAGGUUAGUUCACCAAAACCUACAGGGCUUCACCAGCAAAGAGUUAGAGGUGGUUCUUUUCUUAGAAUCACAAGAUAUUGAUGUCAUGUGCGUUACGGAGCACUGGCUCAAAGAAUAUGAAUUAUUAGUAUUUAAUAUCUGUAAUUAUGACAUAAUUAGCUCGUUCAGUAGAAAGUCCGCCAUUCACGGGGGAUCAUUGAUUAUAGUAAAAAAUAAAUUUAAAUGUAAAGAAAGAAAUGACAUAGUUAAACUUUCUACUGAGCGAACUAUAGAAAUAUCAUGUAUAGAAUUGGAGGAUCACAUUAUAAUGUGCGUCUACAGACCACCUUCGGCGGAUUUUAGCGUUUUUGAGUCUGUGAUGGAAGAUGCGUUGAGACGAGUGUUUGUUAGCAGUAAGAAGAUAAUAAUUUGUGGGGACUUUAAUGUUAAUAUACUAGAUCCCACGCAUGGACACACAGUUAGAUUCUUAAAUCUUUUUCAGUCUUUUGACUUGUUUCCGCUUUUCCACGAGCCCACAAGAAUUACAGCCAGUACGGCGACUUGUUUGGAUAAUAUAUUCUGUAAUUGUGAAGUUGAAAAGAAAGAUGUCUUUAGUUGUUUCAGCUCUGAUCACUGUGGGCAGAAAGCUUAUUUCCAAGUCAACAUUGUAAAACAACAGCAAGCGAUUACGUAUAGGCCUAUCACUGCUAGCCGAAUGGAUAAGUUUAGAGAAUCUAUUAUAUCGCAGGUACCUACUUUGACAGGUAUAAGCAAGCAAGAUCCUGAUACAUUAUACGGGGAACUGUCGAGUGUCAUCCACGACGUCCACAAGAAUAUUUUUAAGACGAAGACUGUACAGCAAGGCCAAUUGAAGUCAAAGUUUAGUGACUGGGCCACCGUCGGUAUCCACAGAAGCAGGAAGAGAUUGUAUGACCUGUAUGAAAUGAGGAAUUUUAACCAUGAUGAAAAUUUUACUGAAUAUGUAAGGAGGUAUUCAAAAGUGUUUAAGAAAGUUUGCGCCGCGGCUAAGUCUGCAUUCUUAAGCAAGAAGGUCAGGUCGGCAGACAAUAAAAUAAAAGCUACCUGGAAUAUGAUAAACGCUGAAACCGGGAAGACGAAACCCCGUGAUGGCCAUUACACACUAAAAGUUCAAGACCAAGUAUUGUCUGCAGACGACGAUGUUGCUGGCGCCUUUCAACACUUUUUCACCAACAUAGCCACUGAUACUACACGGAAUUUAAACUCCUCUGUAGUUAAGGCAGGUCUCUACUUGGACAAUUACAAUGUUAAGAAAUGCAGCAUGGAAUUAUAUUUCCAAUUUACUGACCCCGAAGAGAUUAUUAAAACUUUCAAGUCCUUAAAAGUUAAAAACAGUGAGGACAUUUGGGGGAUAUCUGUGAAAGUCGUGUAUUCAAUUAUUGACGUCGUGGCACCUUAUCUAGCCGAUGUGUUUAACGCUUGUGUUAGGGAAUGUGUGUUUCCCAAUCUGAUGAAGUAUAGUAAGGUUAUUCCUCUGUUUAAAUCA